GGCAAACUUAAUUUCAAGGGACGCAUUUUCACCAAACUACUCUGCUUUUGUUUGGUUUUAGUUAAAGAGAAAACGGUUCGAAUAUUAACCUGAUGCCAACAUUUAGCGAAGUGUUAUAUUCAGAAAAAUUAUGACAGAGGAAUCGACUCUGACUUUCGAUGAUUUGCCUGAUAACCUGUAUCUCGAAAUUUUUCAAUAUUUGCCUUCGAGCACGGACUUGCUGAAUUUGCAAAGGGUCAGCAAAAGGUGGCAACGUGUAGCAUGCGAUUAUUGGUUAUGGAAGAAGGUUAAAAUAACCCCUCAUCCAAUUUUAAAAACCACGCUUGCGAAAAUAGUCCGUCGAUAUUUCACAGAGUCUACAACAUCACUCGAUGUUUGUGGUGGUGUUUGGAGGCGGCGACGGCAUAUGAGCAGCACGGUUUCGUUAUCCAAUAAUGUUUUGUCUUUGAUUGGGAAAAUGUCACCAAAGCUACGAGAAUUUAUGAUCGAGGAGGACAACUUAAAGGAUAUUGAUUUGAGUCUACUGCCCAGUAGUGUCCAACGAUUGUCUUUCACAAAUUGUGAGAUUCCGACAGAUUGUCUCGUCAACGUUGAUAAAAAUUUUCCGGAGUUACGCUCGUUACUCUUUCGAAGAUGCCCGAUAUUACAAGAUGGACAUCUUGCUUUAUUUGGGAAAUUGGAAAAUUUAGAAAGAUUGGAGUGUUAUGGGUGUUAUCGCAUAGACAGUUCGGCAAUCCGAGUUAUUGCUGAAAAUUUUUCGAAUUUGAAAAACUCUUGCUCUGAUUGGUUCCCCAUUUCUCGGGACAGGGAUUGUGCAAUAAUCGCGGAAAAAUUACCGAAAUUGACGACAAUUGAAAUCGAAGAAUGGAUAGAUAUUACGAUGAACGGUGUCACAACUUUACGAAAAAAUCUCCGGAACUUAAAAUUUUUGAGCAUCAAGUGUAGUAGUAUAAAUCAAGGAGAAAUAGUUAUCGAGGGGUCAAGGGUUCAUGUGUGAAAGGUCAAGUUGAAUGGAAGUAUCAAGGAAGCAUUACCCAGGGAAAAAUAUUCAUUGAGAGGUCAAGAGUUCAUAUGUGAAAGGUCAAGUUGAAUGAAAAUUAUGAAUUCCAUUAUUGUACCCUGUGUUUUUUUUAUUUUUUCACAUAUUUGCUCAGAACAAGCCACGGUACUCCCGUAGUAUGUGCACCAAGAUGGCGCAUAACCUGAACAUAGUAUGUGUACUGGGUUAAGGUUCAGGUUGUGUGUCAUAUUGGUGCACAAAAUUUAGAAGCGCCCAAGCCACUGAUGCAUAAAGUGGCUUCUAUACAGGAUGCUCAAAUAAAUUCGCUCGCUUUUAUUGUGAUUACAAUUAAAAAUUUAUUUUCCUUUGU